AUGCCGGAUUAUUUAGGAAAAGAUCAAAGGAAAAUUAAAGACGACGAGAAAAAAGACGAUAAGCCAAUCCAAGGUGCGAGUGAUACUUUGAAUCAUACCAAAUCACGACGAAACUUAUUAGUAACACGAUUGACGUCUUUUUCACUACGAUUGCACAUGGAAACAAGUAUUCAGGUCUUUCAUUAAAAAUUUUAUUGUCAUUUUUGCCUCUUCUAGCUCUUGAUGAAGGAGAUAUCGAAAUUCUUAAGACAUACGUAAGUACAUCAAAUGUAUCGACUUUUAUGUAAAGCGUAACAGGAUUUUAUAUUUUUGCAUGGCUUAAUAUGGCUUGAUAUGUUCAGGAAAUUUGUUUAGGUUCAGUUUCAAUAUCCUUGGCUUGAAUUUUAUUUUAUUUUUCCGAGGUAUAGUAACGUAUGAUGAUCAAUUUGAAACAAAGGAAAGUAAAUUUAAACCACGAAUAAAACUAAACCACAACAUGUAUACUGACAUAAGCUUAUUAUUAUAUGCUUGUCAAUAAUAUUAUGGUUUGUCACUUCUGACUAUUAUUGAAGAUUACAGUCAUGUUUAUCUCACUUUAGCACAGUUUCUUAAGUUAAUGCAUAGUAGGAUGUUGCAUACUGUUGAAAACUUGUAAUCCCUGCCUAAACUGUUAUGCCAGGUGUAUUUAAUCAAUAGAAAUCAAUAUCAGAAAAUAAUAAAUAAGCCAAAGUUUGAACAUUUUUUGGUAAAAUGGCUUUUUUUUAGAAAACAUAAUGGUUUCAGCAACCUCUCACUUCAUAUUGUAUUUUUUUCCAUGUGUGUGUUGUUAUUUUUCCUAAGUGACACUGACACUGACCUGGUUUUGUGAUAGACUGUUAGGAGCGUAUACAUGUAUUGCUUGCUGGAAAUGUUGUUGCCUCAAGAUGAUCUACAGCUGUAUAUCAUCAUGAGUGGGUUAAAUGGGUGACAAAUUAUGAAACUGCUGCAAAUAUUGUUACCUUAAGAUGAGCUACAUCAUUAUGAGUGAGUUAAAUGAGUGACAAAUUAUGAAAGAAUGAAUGAAAUGUUGUGGGUGAGAGGACAACAAUUGUGCCCUCUUUACAUUUCAAAUAUCAACAUGUUAACAGNAUUAUUGAAGAUUACAGUCAUGCUUAUCUCACUUUAGCACAGUUUCUUAAGUUAAUGCAUAGUAGGAUGUUGCAUACUGUUGAAAACUUGUAAUCCCUGCCUAAACUGUUAUGCCAGGUGUAUUUAAUCAAUAGAAAUCAAUAUCAGAAAAUAAUAAAUAAGCCAAAGUUUGAACAUUUUUUGGUAAAAUGGCUUUUUUUUAGAAAACAUAAUGGUUUCAGCAACCUCUCACUUCAUAUUGUAUUUUUUUCCAUGUGUGUGUUGUUAUUUUUCCUAAGUGACACUGACACUGACCUGGUUUUGUGAUAGACUGUUAGGAGCGUAUACAUGUAUUGCUUGCUGGAAAUGUUGUUGCCUCAAGAUGAUCUACAGCUGUAUAUCAUCAUGAGUGGGUUAAAUGGGUGACAAAUUAUGAAACUGCUGCAAAUAUUGUUACCUUAAGAUGAGCUACAUCAUUAUGAGUGAGUUAAAUGAGUGACAAAUUAUGAAAGAAUGAAUGAAAUGUUGUGGGUGAGAGGACAACAAUUGUGCCCUCUUUACAUUUCAAAUAUCAACAUGUUAACAGUAUGCUUGGAUGUCAGCACACAAGGGCACCACUGCUAGAUGCAUCUGUCCACUUAUGAGUUUACUAUAACCCACCUAGCACAUGAUAUGAGUGAUGUGUGUGAAAAGUAGACCACACCACCGGGGAAACUUCCCCUCCUCUUUUUGAUUGGUAGUUGCCAUUGGGUUGUUUUACAUCCCUUUUGAUCUGACUAAUGAUAGAAGGAUGAAGGAGACAAGGCCAAUAGCCUAAUGUCUCUAUGAUCCAAUGACUCAAUCAUCUGAACUGAGUUUUUUAAAGACCCUGGUCUGUUGUUCGGAUAGGGUUUGAACACACAACCUUCCCCACAGCAGACUGGCACUCUCUCAACUGAGCUAACCAGGCGUCAGAUAUUGUAAAUAACAGUUUGAGUAUUAAUGAUAAUUUUAUGAACUGACUGAGCCCCUUUCCUGUCUACUGAUUAAGAAGGUUUUCUAAAACUGUUUAAUAACUGACUUGAUGUAUAUACCCUAUUGAGAUGCAAGAGCUGUUGCGAAAUACUGUAUAUGAUAGGACUAUGGUUACAACAAAUUUAUGUUUUUCCUGGCUGUGUUUUCAAACAGGGUGCUGGUUUAUACAGCAGAUCAAUAAAAAAAGUGGAAGAUGAUAUUCAAGGAGCACUGAAGAAAGUGAAUGAAUUAACAGGUAGCAAUAUAUUUUGUGAUAUUUAAAGAAGCUGCUACUGUUAAGAAAUACUAUGUAUUUACUGACUGAGUGGGAGGUACUGUCAGGAAAAUGUUUUGCUCUAGGUCCGACUUCCUGACCGAGAACUGAAUAUUUUCCCAUCCAGCCCAACCUAAACUCAGUCAAUAAGCAUUUUAUUGUAUGACUGUUGUUUUUUGAAUUUUUUCUGAUGGAGCAAACAAGCAUUGGUCUGUAUGCUUUUCUAGCAAGGCUGUAUGCAUUUUUUCCAGCCCUAUCUCUUGAUGCAUACAGUCCUCAUACGGCCUUUUUUUCAUAUGGUUUUUCAACAAAAAAUAAUUCAGGGUCAUAUGAUAAAGAUCUCUGCUCAACAAGCUUUGGCCUGUUUGACUGAAUUGUGCUUUAUCAGGUAUGGUUUGAAAGAUCUUUCUGCCCAGCACAAGUUAAAUGUCUAUAAAAACUGAUAACGUUACAAGUUGUACAAGAGGUUGUUGUGGAUGGUUCAGAUGUUAAUGGGCCAAUCCUAGACCAUAUUUACUCCCCAUGGUCUUGCCCUUUUCCUUGUUUUACUGUGAAACAUGAAGGGAGCUUGAGAUCUUCAUUGAACUACAUGUACAAAGUAUUGUGAAGCCUUUAAAGAUGUUAAAAACUAAGAAACGCUUUACCUUUAGUCAGCUCCUUUCACUGGUAUUUAUUUUUAAUUAGACCUAUCCUUUAUUUACAAUGUAUGUAGGUACAUGUAGUCAACGUUAAUUUUUUUUGCUUUCAGGUAUAAAAGAAUCAGACACUGGCUUAGCUCCUCCAGCUUUAUGGGAUUUGGCAGCUGAUAAACAAACACUUCAGGGAGAGCAGCCUUUACAGGUAUUUAUUAUAAUAAACACCUACUGAAAAUAAAUACCUUAUUUGAUAAAAAUAAGGAAGAUUGAGCUGAAACUGUCAACUUACAGUUAUUUUGAGUGUUACCAUUUUUUUCCUUAAUUCACUACUGACUGUUGAUGCAUGGUGAUGUUUCUAGACUUUGUACAAAGCUUCUUGGAACCACCUUAUGCUUUGGAAUAAUAACCACUUAGUAACUGUCUCAUGUCUAUGGUUGAAAGUUAAUUAUAACUGAGCAUUCAUUUAUUUUAUGUGUUGUCUUAUCUCUGUCAGGUGGCAAGGUGUACAAAGAUAAUAAAUGCAGACACUGAUGAUGCUAAAUAUGUGAUAAAUGUCAAACAGUUUGCCAAGUUUGUGGUUGAUCUUGGUGAUCAAGUGGCUCCCACAGAUAUUGAAGAAGGAAUGCGAGUUGGGUAUGAUCCACAUCUUGUCAAUAAACAAGAUUAAUUGUAAAUCCUGUUUAAUUAGAAAUAUAUGGCAGUUUUGCAGUUAAGGCAAAAUUACAUGUAAGCUUGAAAAAGUGUCAUGUGCUGUCCUGUUUGCAAAGUGGGGUAGUCAACUAUUUUGGCUGGCUAGAGGUCUGUUUCUUGAAAGUUCCAGUAACUUUUUGGGACCAAAAUCAAAUAUUCAAAAAGUUCAGGUCCUAGCUAACAAAACUGAUACAGUGUAGUUGUAUCAUUUUAUUAUUAUCUGCAACACUAUUGAAACUCUCAAUCUUGAAUGUAAAUAACAACAGCUUUCUGGAACUGUUAUUUAUCAGGACUAUCAAGAAAUUUACCCCAUCGCCCUCUCAGGUAUACAAGCAUAUUACUCUGAUGGUGCAUUGGUGCAUGUUUUUGCCACUCACAAGCCUGCCGUAGUAACUGCUUAUGGUUGGCAGUGCAUGUUACUAAAGCAGUCUUUCAGGCAAUGAAAUGUUUCUGGUUUUAAACAUCUUCAAUGCAUCUUGUCCCAUGCCUUACGUUUUUUUCCCUAUUUUCAGGGUUGAUAGAAACAAGUAUCAAAUUCACAUUCCCCUCCCACCAAAGAUUGAUCCAACUGUUACAAUGAUGCAGGUAAUCUACUGAGUACAAACAUGUUUGCAAUACAUAUAUCUACAUGUAGCUUAUGGUUACCACAGUAAGGGAAUUAAGGCCAGGGAAUAGUCAAGGGAUUUUAUUUUAAAGGCAGCUUCCUUGCCUGGUAAAGAAAAACUACUGUGUAUUGUUCAAGCCUGUUCACAAUACAUAGUUUUGAACAAAAAACUAUGGGUACCAGAAAUAUUUUAGGAAUUCAUGUUAUUAUGUUGGGAGGAAACUCUAAUCUGAGUAUCCAGGAUAACUUAUCUGCAAACAGCACCAGUGUAACAUUUAUGUAUCCUGAUCUCCAAUAUGUUAUGCUGUUAAUCAUAAGUCUGUGAACAAUUCUGAAAUAAUCAAGGUGUUCCCGUUUUUUUUUUUGAUGUUUUUUAACUGUUAAAUUUAAGGUACAUGUAAGUGGCUCAAGAGGUUUUUCAAAACUAAAAUCUUUCACUUAAAGUACAAAAAAAUGUGUGAUGUAAAUUGUUUUGCAAUUUUUUUCUAUAGGUGGAGGAGAAGCCAGAUGUGACAUACUCUGAUGUAGGAGGCUGCAAGGAACAGAUAAAUAAACUACGAGAAGUUGUAGAAACUCCACUACUUCACGUAAAGAGCAUCAGUUUGUAUUUUGUAGUAAUAUGGGACCACCGGUUAAAUGUCUCUGAUUGACUCUUGAUUGUACGGUGAAUUCUUGUGUGGCCCGACCACUUAGAGAAUAAAGAUUAAUCAACAUUUUACCACGUCACUGUACAGGUAUUUACCUGGGUUUGUCAAUUUCUCUCUGCAGCCUGAACGGUUUGUGAAUUUAGGUAUAGAACCUCCCAAGGGAGUUCUGUUAUAUGGGCCACCUGGUACAGGGAAGACUCUCUGUGCAAGAGCUGUGGCAAACAGGACAGAUGCUUGUUUUAUCAGAGUGAUUGGAUCUGAGCUGGUGCAAAAAUAUGUUGGAGAGGUUAGUGAUAGUGAUUUGAAUUGGUACGCUUUCUGCAUUUUGCAAAGGUUUUAAAUCGUUGAAGAGUUACUUUUAACUCACAGUUGCUAAUACUUUUAUUAAAAUUGAACUCAAACUUCACUAAAGAUGCCUUGUUUCUUGACUUAACAAGCAAUUCCUGCUUACUUUAGAUGGAUGAAUUAACAUAAUAAUUACCACCUCUACAUGUACAUCGCCUCGCCUCAUUGCGAUCUUUUCAAACAAGGACUCUACACAUCUUCGCCAACUGCUACUGUUAUCUUAAAAAGUGUGUUUAGUUUCAGCGGUGAUAUUUCUUUUUAUGGAGAUUGGAUGUAACACCUUGCCCAACCCCCAGUUUAGAGGGCCAGGCAUUGCAAGUCGUUUGGUCUUUCACCCAAACCUGUCCGGCAUGUUUGAACCUUCCAGCGACUGAAGUCCAACUACUAUGGCUUCCCUUGAUCACAAAAACCUUCCCGCCGCAUUAAGGAAAAACACUUCUCAACACAAUAGAACAGAUUGAAAAUGACAACAUUUUCUUCCCCUUUUGUGAUUCCCCAGGGUGCAAGAAUGGUGCGUGAAUUGUUUGAAAUGGCCAGAACAAAGAAAGCCUGCAUUAUUUUCUUUGAUGAAAUUGAUGCUAUUGGAGGUAUGUCACCACUUUUGUGCACAAAUGAGAACAGAAUUUCUGCUGAAAAGCUCUUAAAAUCUGUUACUAACAAUGCUGGGGAUUAUAGUAUCAGUUUAACCAGAUUUACCUCUCCACAUCAACCACACCAGUCUAACUAUUUUGAAUUUGCACAAAAUUUAAGCACUUUCAAAGACAUCUACCAACUUAAUGGAAAACAAGCUACCUUUGUGAUAUUACAGGUAUUAAUAGUUCGGUGCCUUUGUCUAAGAUUUUAUGGGGUUUUUUUUACUAUCUGCCAGGCACUCGAUUUGAUGAUGGCGCUGGAGGUGAUAACGAGGUUCAAAGAACAAUGUUGGAACUUAUUAAUCAACUUGAUGGGUUUGAUCCACGAGGAAACAUCAAGGUUCUUAUGGCAACAAAUCGGUAAGAAUAGGGAAUUUAGGCAACAACGUUUUUAGCGAGGCAAGUCAACCGGAAGUGAACUUUUUGAACUCUUCAGCUGUGAUUUUGAAAAACCUCUUGGUUAACGACACUUAGUAAUACAAAUUUCGUAGCCUUACGACGUAUUAAAUGAGAAAAAGGCUCACUUCCGGUUGACGUUUGUCGCUCAAAAAAGUCACCGACAUGUCACGUAAUGACUUUCAUUAAAAAAUUUCACCGUUUUUUAAAAUUUUUACUUCGAACAUUUUCACACGACUGAAAUUUACAAAAAAAUGCCCAAAUCAGCCUCCGGUAGCACCUUAAACGACUCCCGAAUAUUUAUUUAUCGCCCCAUGUAAGGAAAUCCGGAAUCCGGGAAAUUUUUGCUUGUGGAAUCCAGAAUCCUGGGCUUUAAAAUCCGGAAUUUAGUUCAAGGAAUCUGGAAUCUCACUGACAAUUGGAAUCCAGAAUUCACAGCUUGGAAUCCAGAAUCCAAGACUGUCUUGGAUUCCCUCACUUGGGACGAUAUGUAUAGUGAAACCCUUCUUGAAAAAGAGAGUUUCAUAAUGACGUUACUACAGGUCUCGUUGCUGUCGCCGUUGUCGGAUCUUAAGGCCUGUCCCUAAUAGACACCACAGCGAUGGCCCAAGAAUCCUUACUAUAAAAGUGUCCCUAUCAUAGAGCCAAGAGGUAGGGAUUGUAAGAAGUUUUGUUCACUUAGAGAGCUGUUGGUAAUACAGUGUUAUAACAUCAAUCCUUAGCAACAAUACAACUGUGUAAUGGUGCACUUUCAUUUCAGACCAGAUACUCUUGAUCCUGCGCUGACCAGACCAGGAAGACUGGACAGAAAAAUUGAAUUUAGUCUACCUGAUUUAGAGGUACCUCAUCAGCUUUUCUUAAAAGUAUCUUAAGCUUUUAACGUUGUGAUGUGGUGAUGCAAAGCUGUCAGGAUCCCCUCAAAAAGUUUCAGAAAAAUCCAGUCGGAAAGUAAAUGAAAGACGGCUAUUUUGGUCGUUUUAGCGGAAACUUUGCGGGAGGAGCGGAACAUCUGAAAAGGUACUCCUGUUUUUCCGGACGGAAUGAUCCAAACGGAAAUUCGUGUUCAAUUUAUUUUCUUCAAAGCGAUCCUUGUUACAGUUUCAGACUUUGGCGGCCGUUUUUUGGUAAGAGGAACUGAUAUGGACUUGAUUAGACAAGACGUACUUCAUAGGCAUAAUACACGUAACAAAGGCAAUUUUAGAUUACCACGUGUCAAAAGAAAUUGGGGGAAGCAAAGAACACAAUAUAAUGCCGUUUCCGAUUUUAACUCCCUCAGUCAGACGAUCAAAGACUCAAGGAAUGUAAAUAGUUUUAAACGUAAUGUUUUUAAGUUUUUAAUAUAGCCACUUACGUUUAAUUUUUACUUAUACUUAUUUUUAAUUUUUUAUGCAUUUUUUGUAUCUUUUUAAUCCCUUUGUAAUUUUAUAGCUUUUUUUGUUUUUAUAAUAUAUAUCUAGUUUUUAGGUCGUUUUUGAAAACCAUAUCUUUAAUGAAAAAGUUUCCUCGAUAAAGAUGAUUAUUUUUUUUUUUUUAACUGGGACGAAAUUUACCAGUCAUUUUCGUCAAGCGCAGGAAGUGCAUAGUGCAGCCUACGAGUGAUUUGCAGCGAAAUUCUCGACCAAUCACAAAGCAAGUCGUUAAAAAGCAAAUGCGAAAUUAAACGUAACUUUGUUUAAGAUUGCUGACAGGGUAAAACGUUAUUUCUUUUUUCACCACACAGGGUAGAUCUCACAUAUUUAAAAUCCACGCGCGUUCCAUGAGUGUGGAGCGGGAUAUUAGAUAUGAGUUACUGGCGCGUCUAUGCCCCAACACAACGGGUGAGUAAACACAGCAUAGUACUUGAAAUUACCGUCGACGGAAGAGAUUUCAUUUGAAUGGUAACACCGUAGGAUUUCAUCCUCAAACUCAAAAGUUAGAACUACAUACUAAAUAAAUAGCACCAUGUGAAAGUACUACUGAAGAGGUUUCAUUUGAAUGGUAACUUUCCUCUUUUAAGAAAAAACUGAAGAUUAAAUUAUUGAGUAAAUAUGAAACAAUUCAUAAAUCUUUCCAUCUUCGACUUUUCGCCAUCUUUCCUUUAAUUGACGUUAAACAGCUCUAACUCGUAGUUCGAGGAGGCCUAACCUCUCAUAAGCUCGUAUAGUUUCUGUAAGGUCUCUUCGGCACUUCUUUUUUUCUCUCUUUUCCUUUAUUUUUUGUAAUUAUUGUGUGGCAAACAAAAUAAAAUAAAAAUAUAUAAAUAAACACCACAGGAUUUCAUCCUCAAACUCAAAAGUUAGAAGUACAUACUAAAUAAAAAGUACCAAGUAAAAGUACUACUGAAGAGGUUUUAUUUGAAUGGUAACACCAUACGAUUUCAUCCACAGACUCAAAAGUUAGUAGAAUAUAACAUGUCAUAUUUUAACAGUCCAAUUAUGAGACAAAUGGUGUUUGGUAUGAAUUUUUUUCGGCCUGGUACAUUUGUGACUUACUUGCCUUGGUGUUUCAGGAGCUGAAAUUCGCAGUGUUUGUACAGAAGCAGGCAUGUUCGCCAUUCGGUCACGAAGAAAAGUAAGUACCAAGGAAGAUCUUGUUUCCUUGUUCCCGAAAAAGACACUAAGAAAGUCAGUUUGCGUUCUUUUAAUCUUCAUUAGUACUGGUCAGUGACUUUUAUUUGAACUUUGCAUCUCAAACAAACUCGCUAAUCUAAACUGUAGACAGGAAAAAAGGCUUUGAGGACCAGAAAAGACAGUUAUCGUUUUGGAAAAAGAAUGUAACUUAUUAAAGAUAUGAAAACUUAUUUUGGUUUUUGCUUUUGACAGGUUGCGACUGAGAAAGACUUCUUAGAAGCAGUGAACAAAGUGAUCAAAGCUUACGCAAAAUUCAGUGCCACUCCACGCUACAUGACCUAUAACUGA